AUGUUCCUUCAAUGCUCAUUCCUAUUCAUUACUUGCUCAUUUCUGAUCUCCUCUCUAGACUCGCUUGAUCUCGGAGGCGCACGAAAAGUUCAGAAGCCACAGGAUCCGCAGAAGAGAGAAGAAGUAAACAUUGCGGUCGUUUAUCAGGUACAGGACUUAUCUCGAAAAGAAUAGAAAAGUCCGUGUUCCAGCACUACGCGGGACGCUCCAAAUCCUACGACAAAGCAUUCAAAGAGGUGAUCCGCAAAAUCAACGACGCCACAGCCGUCUCGUGAGCAAUUGAUCUGAUCCAGCCUCGAGCACAUCAAUGUUAUUUCAGAAGUCUCCGCCGUCUGGCGACUCGUUACAUCUUCUCGGCGGUCGAUUGCAUCCUCCCGACGGGCGCCUUCUACGUGAAGGAAGUGCUCGAUUGUCUGUGCAACAAUGUCACCUCCAACAACGUGGCGCUCAUCAUCUUCGUGACCGCUUCGGAGACGUACGAUUCGACUACGGCGGCCGAACAGUACUUUCUGACGGCCGCAAGUUACACUGGGAUUCCGAUCAUUGCGUGGAACGCCGAUAAUGCUGGAUUCACUUUUGAGAACGAUCUCAGUCCGUACAGGAUUAUACAGAUGGCGCCGCCAAUCGAACAUCAAGCCAGGUACACAUAAAUAGCUGCUAUUUUAAAGCUAGACUAAUCAGUGCUUCAGGGCCAUGCUGGCUUACUCCGUCGUUACAAUUGGCCCAAAUUCGGGUCGUAACUUCUGAAAUGGCCGGCAAUGACCGGUUCGUGACAGCAGUGCGCGAAGAGUUGGAAAUGUUCUCGAACAAAUCGAAAAAGUUUGAAAUGAUCCAUCACUGUCACAUGGACACCCGCAACAACACGGAUGUGGAUCUGAAGCUGGCCGAAGUGAAGAAGAAUCAGGCGAAGAUCAUAUUGCUGUACGCAAAUGCCGCGCAGGCCGGAGCCAUCUUUUCGGUUAGACACUUUCCCUUCAGAAAUCCGGUUCAUUGGCUUUUCAGCAAGCAGAAAAGCAUGAUAUGAUCGGAGAGAAGUACUUGUGGAUCGGAACGCAAUCCGUGAAAGGCACGCAGACGACGGUGAAGGCGUCCGCGCAAGCCGGAAUGCUCUGCGUCAACUUUCAUACUGGUGAGCCCUUCUUUUAAUUAGCGAUAAAGAUUCUCGGUGUGGUUUGCAGUGUCGAAUGCAAUGUUCGCUCCUCGCGACGACAUCCUGCCCUCAUUAUCCAACUGGCACCCAAACUGUUCGGAGCCGCAUUACUGCAACUGCGCCCCAAUGAGAACUUUCCGAUGCGAUCGAAUGUUUCGUGUCGGAGCGAGGACGGAGAUCCGUAUUGGCAGAACGGAAAGUACAUUUACGAGUGAGCAGAGAGACUUUAAAAAGGAUAGUUGAUUGAAAUUUCAGUCACAUGAAGGCUGCAUUCGUAAAAGGGAAUCCGUUCCAUGUUGACGACGGCCACGAUUCGUUCUUUUACACGUUCGAGAAAACCGGCCGCCUACGGAACUCGAUUCUGCAAAUUUCAAACUUGAGAACGAAUUCAAAGGGAGAGAAGACGUGGGAAAAGGUGGGCAUUUUUACGAACAACGAACUGAAGAUGGCGGACGUGCAGUGGCCCGGCGAGCGAGCGAAUCCGCCGCAAGGGACCGCCGACAAGUUCCACGUGAAAGUGGUCACUCUGCACGAACCGCCCUUCAUAACGGUGUCCGACGUGGAUCCAGACACCCAAAAGUGUCCGGGCAAUCAGGGAUCGAUCUGUGACUGGGGAGACGUCGAGUACACCGACGAGGCGGGCGUCAAAAAGUGAGAUCCUUCUUCUGAUGUUUCUUUUAUGAACAACUAGAACAUUCCAGAAACCGAACGCUGCUUAAAUGCUGCUCGGGAUAUUGUGUGGAUCUUCUGAACAAGUUGGCCACCGACAUUGGCUUCACGUACACUUUGUACAAAGUUCGCGACGAGAAGUGGGGUCUGAAGACCGAGAACGGGUGGAACGGCCUGAUCGCGGAUUGAUGCACAACAAGGCCGACAUGUGUGUCACUUCCCUCAAGCUUAACUCGGAGCGCGCCCGCGACAUUGACUUCUCGCUGCCCUUCCUCGACACCGGCAUCUCGAUCAUCGUGAAAAAUCCGCAGCGGAGUGCUCUCGCCGACCGCCUUCCUCGAACCGUUCGAGUAUUCCACAUGGGUCAUCAUCCUGUUCGUGUGCAUCCACGUGGCAGCCAUCUCGAUCUUCGUCUUCGAAUGGGUCUCGCCGUACUCGUUCAACAUGCAAAAGUAUCCACCGCCGGGUAUUUCGAUUGGAAACUUUCACGAUUUGACAAAUAAGUGGGUUUUUUCAGAGCACAAGUUCUCCUUAUUUCGCUCCUAUUGGCUCGUUUGGGCGACUUUAUUCAGUGCCAGUGUGACUACAGGUAUUAUCUUACUUUUUCUUGACACCGAAAUGCUAUACUCAGAUGUUCCCAAGUCUACCGUAUCCCGAUUGAUGGCGCUCGUCUGGGCCGCCUUCGGCCUCACCUUUCUCGCAGUUUACACUGCAAAUCUGGCGGCUUUCAUGAUAACAAGGGUUCAGUAUUACGAUUUGAGCGGCAUCCAUGACCCGAUGGUACUUCCCGGGUCCGUUUGAAUCUCACUCACUUCUUUCAGCUGAACUUCCCUCAAGAUCAGAAGCCGCCGUUUCGGUUCGGAACUGUCGACGGAGGAAACACUCACGAGACGAUGAAGCGGAAUUGGCACAAGUUUCACGAACACUCACAGCACAAACAGAAAAGAGAUAUGAUUCAGAAUGCACGAGUACGUGAAGGGCAACAAGUUCUUCCGAAUGAACAUCUCCGCGGGAGUGGACGCCGUCAAAAACGAGUGAGAGAUCGCAUUCAGAUUCCGCUGAAAGCGUGCUCCAAUUUCACGUUCCAGAGAGCUCGAUGCAUUCAUUUACGAUGCGGUGGUGCUCGAUUAUUGGGCGGGCAAGGACGCGAACUGUGCUCUGAUGACGGUCGGAAAGUGGGCGAGUAUGACCGGGUACGGCAUCGGAUUCCCCAAACUCCCCGCACACGGCUCUGGUCAAUCAUUACAUGCUACAAUAUCAGCAGAAAGGUAUGUAGUUGCGCUCUACCGCUAAAAUACGCCUGCUCUUUCAUUUUUCACAAAUUCUAGCCCAGCGAAAUUUUUGCGGCCAAGUUGGGAGAAUGUCUGUAAACUGAGCAACAGAUUGUUUUCAGGAGAUUUGGAACGUCUCCAGAACUUCUGGCUCACCGGCGCGUGCACUCCGGACAGCCACAGCCAAACCCAGUCGGCUCCGCUCGGAAUCGAGAACUUCCUCUCGGCAUUCGUCCUAUUGGCCGGUGGAAUUGUAACGCCUUUUUCCCUGCCCAAUAAAUCAGCGUCUCUCCGUUCAGAUCGUCAGUGUGAUUGUGCUCGGAUUCGAACACAUCUACUGCAUGCACCUGCGGAAGCCGCUGCAGAAGAUCGACCCGAACGGCUGGUGCGGCAUCAUCAGCAUGGCCAUGGGCAAGUCGCUGACGUUCACCGAGGCGGUCGACCGGGUUCAGGAAUGGAGAUCCCGGACUCAGUCGCUCGCGAGCAACAACUCGCCUCAGUUGAAACGGCGACGCUCUGCCAACUUGUAUGUUUUUUAAAUGAAAAUUAUAUCAAAAAAUAAAACUAACUAAUUCCAGAAAACCCGCGGAUGAACCCCAAGAGGCACAACAACGUCGCCGAAGUCCUCGCUUUUUACAAGUGGAGACGAAUCUUUAA